AAGGAGUUCUCCAACGGACCCCUCCGUGGGCUGAGGGGGCGGGGAAAUUGUCCAAGGAGCCCCUCGGUGGAGAAGCCAAGACGCUGGGAGGUUGCUGGUGCAGCUGCCUAGGGCGGCGUCACUGAGCCACGCCAGCGGAGCCAGGUGCAGCCCCGCUCCUCUCGCCUGCCUUCUCUGCGGCUCGCUUCUUCACCAGGGGUCCCUCGAGCCUUUUCCAUGCCCCCGGUGGAUGCAGCCUUUCGCACCCUCCAUGCCCAUGGCCACUAGCCUGAGGAGGCCGUCUUUUACCGCCUGUUCUUCCUCCCUUCUGGACGCGGACGACGAGGGCGUGCGUGGCCCUUGUGAAGAUGCCACUCUGUGCAAGCGAUUUGCGGUGAGCAUUGGCUACUGGCAGGACCCUUGCAUCCCGCAUUUGGUGAGACUGUCUAAAGCGAGGAAGGCCCCCGAAAUUAACAGAGGAUAUUUUGCUCAUGUCCACAGUGUCAGUCAGCUUAUCAAGGCGUUUCUACGGAAGACAGGGUGCAGCUGUCAAAUUCUAAACCUUGGGGCUGGGAUGGAUACCACCUUCUGGAGGUUAAAGGAUGAAGAUCUUCUACCAAGUAAAUAUUUUGAAAUAGACUUUCCAAUGAUCGUCAUGAGAAACUUGCACAGCAUCAAAUUGAAACCUCUUCUUUCAAAACCCAUUUUAGACCUACAUUCAGAGGACACACUUCAAAUGGACGGGCACACAUUGGAUUCAACGAGAUAUGCCAUCAUUGGAGCCGAUCUCCGAGAUAUUCCUGAACUGGAAGAGAAACUAAAGAAAUGUAACAUGAAUACACAAUUGCCUACCCUCCUGGUGGCUGAAUGUGUGCUGGUUUACAUGACUCCGGAGCAGUCUGCAAACCUUCUCAAGUGGGCCGCCAACAGUUUCGAGACUGCCAUGCUCAUAAACUACAAACAGGUAAGAGGAAGCAGGAGAAGUGUGCCUUCUGCACGGGACUCCAGUGGUGGCUCUCCCUCCCUGCGCACCCUCGGAACGGGCUUUGUCUGAUUCUUUUCCUUCUGCUCUGGCCGCUUCCACGUCUCCUUUGUUCAUUAAUUCCAGCAAACCUGGUAUUCCUGAGUUCUUGACUUCCUGCAGACUUGUAGCCAGAGUUUUUGGAAACUCCUGUCUUGGCUCUCAGGAAAGCUUUUUGGAGUUCUCAUUUUGAUCCAUCAAUAAGAUGUUUGCUAUAAAGUCACAGAUGGUGAUGGAGGGAAUUUUGGCCACCAUCAGGGUAGGGGUAGCAAACUCAGAUGCCUUCAGAGGCAGGUAAUGAUGCAGGUGGAGGAGGUUGGCCUGGUGCAACAUAGAGUGGAGUGGUGGGGAUUGUGGUAAACUGGGACACCCAUGUCCUGUUUUAUGGGAUGCCCACUGUUU